CUGUCUUCAGCACACAUUCAGGCUACAUCCACAGGCAUCAACAGGUAUGGGCCAUGAGUAUUUUUAUCCUACAUAUUUCUUACUCUACCAUGUGAAUGCUGUGAACCCCCCUAAACCGGAUGAGCUCGACAGGUGGGCGGCAGGUGUGAAAUGUCAGGGUGACAGCACCACUGUUCUGGUCACUUCGUCUUGUCGGCAGUCAUUCACAGGGUUGCGGCAGCACGUGGAUGGACGAGCGGACGCGCGCGUGCCUGAUUGGCCAGGCACGCGGAUCCCAGCAGGAGCAACUGCACUCUACUUGUCAUUACUGUUGCUCCGAUUCACAAGCCCCGGACACCGCUGGGCUCAGUGCGUCCGUCUCCUCUCGGACUUGGAAUUAAUCUCUCACCAUUUAAAAGCGGGCGGCUCGCGCCAUGGAUGCUACCAUUUACCAGAUCAUAUUUGGAGAGCUCGGGGACUUAAACUGUAGUUUGAUUGAUGCUAUCCAAGACACUUUUUUGGAAAACGCUUCAUUGUCAUUUCUGAGCACUGAUGGUUUAUAUUGCAAUGCCACAACCGAUGAGAUUGGAACCUGCUGGCCGCGCAGCAGGACCGGGAGGAUCGUAGAGAGACCCUGUCCCGAGUUCAUCAACGGGGUGAAGUACAACACAACGAGGAGUGCUUACAGGGAAUGCAUGGAUAAUGGGACGUGGGCGUUGAAGAGCAAUUACUCCAAUUGUGAACCCAUUUUGGAGGAGAAGAGAAAAUAUCCAAUGCAUUAUAAAAUAGCGCUAAUCAUCAACUACCUAGGCCACUGUAUCUCUGUGGGAGCGCUUGUCGUGGCCUUCAUUCUCUUCUUGUGCUUAAGGAGCAUACGAUGUCUUCGAAACAUCAUCCAUUGGAACUUGAUCACCACCUUCAUACUGAGGAAUGUUAUGUGGUUUUUGCUUCAGUUGAUUGACCACAACAUCCAUGAGAGCAAUGAGCCUUGGUGUCGAUUGAUAACAACAAUAUACAACUAUUUUGUGGUGACAAACUUCUUCUGGAUGUUUGUCGAAGGAUGUUACCUUCACACAGCCAUUGUAAUGACUUAUUCAACAGAUAAGCUCCGGAAGUGGGUCUUCCUUUUCAUCGGCUGGUGCAUUCCAUUUCCUAUAAUAGUAGCCUGGGCCAUAGGAAAGUUGUAUUAUGAGAAUGAACAAUGUUGGUUUGGUAAAGAACCUGGAAAAUAUAUGGACUACAUUUACCAGGGACCGGUUAUUCUUGUACUGUUGAUAAACUUUGUUUUCCUCUUCAACAUAGUAAGAAUUCUUAUGACCAAACUAAGAGCAUCAACCACAUCUGAAACAAUACAGUACAGAAAAGCCGUGAAAGCAACACUGGUCCUGCUACCUCUGCUGGGUAUCACAUACAUGCUCUUCUUUGUGAAUCCGGGGGAGGACGACAUCUCACAAAUCGUAUUCAUCUAUUUCAACUCCUUUUUGCAGUCUUUUCAGGGGUUCUUUGUAUCCGUGUUUUACUGCUUUCUAAAUGGAGAGGUACGUUCAGCAGUGCGAAAACGGUGGCACCGCUGGCAGGACAACCACGCCCUUCGAGUGCGAGUGGCACGAGCCAUGUCCAUCCCUACAUCUCCAACCAGGAUCAGCUUCCACAGCAUCAAACAGACCACAGCUGUGUGACCUUAGGGGCAAGCACAUAAUCCCCACUGCAACGUCUUAGGGAACAGACUUAAUCUUUUUUGUCCAGUACAAACAAUGACGAGAUUUACAGAACAGAUUCCUCUAACAAGGCCACAAUGUGUCCAGUGUGACUGAAGAGCCGGGCAAUUUCUGUUGCAUGAUGAGGACAACUGAUAGUAUCUAAAUGUACACUUUAACAGUACAUGAAGUAUGACUGGACACAUGAGAUUUUAGCAGGAUUUUUUUCUUUACUGUAGCAUACUGUACAUGAGGUGGUUAUUAGUGAGGCAAGUAAAUCUUGCAGAAUUCGCAUCAGGAUACUGUUCAUGCACUUGUGGGAAUCUUCUCCAUAGUGGGAGGGCAACAAGGAAUGCUUUCAUUUUGAUUAGACACAAAGACCAAGAUGCACUCAAAAUGUUGCCCAUUGAGCUGUUUACCACAAUGAAUAUCAAAAUGAAAAAAUUGCUUUGAGCAAACUGCUCUUUGGCAUCAACAGCUGCUUUUGACAGCUGACAAAGAGACUUUGGGGAAGAAGAUAGUCUCCCUGAAUUAAAUAUCAAAAACUGUACAGUGUAAAAUGCAUAAGAUUCAAAAGAGACACUGCUGUCUUUUGUGAAAAUGGAUUAAAAAUAAAUUAGUGUGAAGUGAAUAACCGGCAUUCACCUCAAAAGAUGAGGUCAAUGUGAAAUAAUGAUUUUACAAACAAGCCAUUCAAAUGGAGCCUUUAUGAUGUGUCCUGGGGGGGAGUCUUUGUUCUUUAAAGAUGGUUUUGUUUUGUCUUGUCUUUCUGUAUUGUUCUAAAUGUUGUUAAGUUACCACUCUAUCACCACUAUUUUUCGAUUUCUCUUUGUUGUAUUUUCCUUUUAUAAAGAGCAAUUUAAUGCAUUGUCCUUGAGGCUGAUAGGUGAGUUGUCAUGUGUGUGUGUGUGUGUGUGUGUGUGUGUGUGUAGGUACGUAUAUUGGGAAUUGGGAAAGUGAUUUAUGUGAUGUACUUGUUAAGUGCCAUGCGUGGACUUAUCAUGCGCGGUGGAAGGAGAUUUAAUUCGUUUGGCUUUAUGAAAUCCUUGUGGCUUUCUAGUAAUCAGUGUCAUAGCUUAGCUGUUGGUUCAGCAGAAGAGAAGCUUUGAUGAAGUGAGCACCACUUGUCUGUAAAACCAACUGUUACAUCUGCUCAGGCUGCUCACACAAUAACAACCAUAGAUUGGCAGUGUCAAACUUCUGCAAAAGGAUGAAGAGAGCGGAGGAACUAAUAGUUUUGGGAGGGAUUAUAACAGUACCAACAGUAUAACAGUAUAUCAUCAAAAAAGUCAGAGUUAUUUUGCAAGCUUACAUUUCAAUGUAAAUUGUCCUGUGGGUGUCCCAACACUCACUAGAUGACAGCAGAAGAGUAUAUUUUUGCCGUUGAGAAUGUUGAAAGAAAUAGUUUGGCAUUCUGGAAAAUAUGAAUAUUUACUAUUUUCCGAGAGUUAGAUGAGAACAUUGAUACCCUUCUUAUUAUGAAGCUACAGCCAGUAGCUAGUUAGCUUAGCUUAGCAUACAGACUGGAAAGCGGGGGACACAGCUAGAUUGCUUCUUUCCUGUCAACCUCAGCAGUCAAAUACUCAUAUUUCCGAAAAUGUAGACUGAUUUUUAAGAUAAAUAAUCUUGUUUAAUUUUAUUUAAGUUUGGUUUGUUUUUAUUUAUUUGUUUAUUCGUAUUAUCAGGACUAUUAGGAUUGACUGUGAAAUUGGGAUUUUAAUUUUAGUAAAAGAAAAUAUACUGAAUUUGGUCAGGUUUGUUCAAGGGUGUUGUACAGAACAUAAAUUGUUUCUUCAUUCCAUCUUGUACAAUGAAAUGUACAUUUCAUAGUUCUAUUUUGUAAUUGUUUUGAUAUGUCACAGAAGAAAGUUUUUUUUUAUUGAUGUGCUGCUUGACUGGACUGACAUUAGCCGUCAUCUGAAACUUUAAUUAUCCAAAGUGAUUUUGAUGUAAAUAUUUUUUUUGCAACAUUUACUCAAAUUUUGGUUUGCAGCAUCACAACAAGUGCAGUCAAAACACUGCACAUCCUUCCAUGACCUCAUUAUGUAAGCAUAAAAAAUGCAUUGCCUAAUAGUUGUGAAAUAUUUUCAUACAAAAACAAGAAAACAAAUCAUUUACUCAAACUCACCAAAGAGACAAACCAUGUUUACCAGCAUCCAGAAUUUUUAUUGUCUCCAUAUUUCCACCAAUUGCCACUAAUUUUUGUAGACCAAAUCUUGCUUUUGUUUUUUUUCUACACCAUUUAUUGUACAUAAUGAAAUGUAUUCAAUGCGGUGUGAUGUCAGUUUUGUUAACUUAUUACUGUACAUAAAUACAUUUGUCAUGACUGAUUUUAUGGAAAGCUAUUUGUUAAACCACCCAUGUUGCCUUACAAAAUAAAGGUACUUUUUUUGUGAAAAGGAAGCUAAUGUCUCUGUAAAUGAAGUACCAUUGUGUUUCUGAUAUACAUUUGUACAUGCACAUGUGAAAGGAAGAAACAUGGAUUUGAAUUAAAA